CAUCCUGGGCAAAACUCCACAGCUGGUUUGGUUUCGAUGGCUCUUAGUCCACCACUCAAUCCAGACCCAUAGUUUCAUUCCUUUAUUAUUAUUUUUUAACGUUUGAUUGACUCCCACAUAGAUUCCCCUCCUCCUCGUACCUAUUUGGAGCAAAAUGUCCACAAAGAGCUAAAAAACCUUAAGAGAGCGUUGCCAUUCCACCGAAACAAGAGAGGAUCGGGACCGGCGAGAGGAAAAAAAAAAAAAAGAGGCUGGAUUUAAGUCAAAUUAUUAUUUACCUUUUCGGAGAUCCGACAAAAACCAGCAGAUCUGGGGUUUUUGAUUUCACCGAAUCAUGAGGACUAGCGUCUGGGUGUUCCAACUCUUCUUUCUACACCUGAGCUCCUUCGAAAUCGUGGACUGGACGUAUCACGAGGAGCACAGUGAAGACGAAUGGGGGACCUACUACGAACACUGCCUGGGGAAAAUGCAAUCCCCCAUCAAUAUCCAGAGGUCAAAAGUCAGAUUUAAUUCAGACUUGGAACCGCUGCAGCUGGAGGGUUAUGGCUACCGCCGUGAUGCAUUCAAAAUGAUGAACAACGGCCAUUCAGUUAUCAUACACCUUCCUUCGUCCAUGAAGAUUAUAAAAGGCCUCCCUGGGAAAUUCACAGCAAUCCAGCUUCACCUCCACUGGGGUGGCACGGGGAAAGAAAACAGCGGAUCCGAACACACGAUCGACGGGUUACGAUAUCUCGCCGAGCUCCACAUUGUCCAUUACAACUCAGCAGCUUACUCCAGUUUUGACCAAGCAAAGAAUAAACCAGAUGGUCUGGCUGUUCUCGCUUUUCUUUUUGUGGGCAACCCCUUUGAGAAUGCUUACUACAGCGACUUCAUUGCCAAAUUGGCCAAAAUUAAGUAUGCAGGGUAUUCGACCACUCUCGAUAGCCUGGAUAUCUUAGCCAUGUUGCCGGAAAACCUCUCCGAUUUCUACCGCUAUCAUGGUUCGUUGACCACGCCUCCAUGCACAGAAAACGUGAUCUGGACGGUGUUUGACACGCCUAUCAAGCUGUCUUACACUCAGAUCGAACUUUUGGAAAGCACCUUGAUGGAUUGGAACAACAAAACGUUGAGAAACGAUUACCGUCAAAUCCAGCCUCUCAACCAACGGGUAGUCAAAGCAUCCUUCUCUCCUCAGCUGCUCGAAGGAAGGUGUCAGCCUGAGAGCAUCUCCAGGAAACUGGAUAAACUACAGAAUCAUCUUUUUGAGAUAAAGAAGUAUCUUCUGGAUGUCAUAGGCAAGCCUGGUCACCACCAGCCCAGCUUGCAAGCCUUCCACUUCCCCUUGGAGAACACGGCCAGCUACGUGAUGAUCAUCCCUCUGAAGCCCAUGCAACUGAAAACCUUCACUCUCUGCUUCUGGGUCCAGAACAGCAACCAAGGCAGGCAGACCGUUCUCUUCUACUCCACUCCCGAGAGCGAGAACGAGCUGGUCAUCAGCGUCGGCAUGGCGGUGGGCGUGUGGAUCGGGGGCAAGUUUGUGCAGUUCGACCUCCACCGCCGGGCAGAAGACUGGGUCCACCACUGCGUCACUUGGGUCUCCAGCUCGGGCACCAUCAACCUAUGGGUCAACGGAGCUGUGGGCACCGCCCGGAACAUUCAGAAAAACUACAUCAUCCAGAGCGGCGGGACGCCUAUCCUGGGGAAGAGGAAAAACGCUAUGUUGGAUGUCUUCGCCGACGCUUUCUCCGGCUGGAUGAGCCACGUCAACCUCUGGAGUUGGCUGCUGGACCAGAACGACAUCCAGGAGCUCACCCUUUGCAAACACAGCCAGCAAAAAGGAGACGUCGUGGCUUGGGGGGAAACGCAUAUGUCCCUCUUCGGCGGAGUGUCCCUAGGCCCUGACACCAGCUGUAGAUGAAUCAGGCCUGGGUUUCGAGGUCUCUAUAUUAAAAAAAAAGCUUGUUUCCUUCCCCCAAA